UCUAAAGGUGAUGCAAAUCUUAUUUUAAUGCAAGUUAAUAUAUAACACUAUAUGGCAUUCGACGGCCGUAUAUUGUUCUGUCCUACGCUACUCUUGUUAGUUCACCUGGUCCGAAGGUAAAUUUUGUCCAUUUCUUUUUCUUUGCCUUUACAGCAGCAUUAUACCACACAAAUUUUUCAAAAGGAAAUGCCUUUGACCCUUAUUCAAGGUCAAACGGGUCAAAUUUGUUAAAACACUUAAACAAUUUCUUCAAUGUCAUGUUGAAUAGAAGUUUUACCCGUGUUUAAACAGAGUUAUUGCCCUCUACACUUCAUUCCAUCUGUGACACCCCUUCAGGUGUCGCCCCACUAGUAUAUUUUUAUGUUCAUUGAAAUAAUACAACAGUAUACGAAGACACCGUUACGAAAUUUACAGAUUGAAGGUGGUUAUUUGCAGUCCGUCAUUGUUCAUGUAUUAUGUGCUACUAUUAUCGGAUAAUUUAGUUCGUUUCUCUAUUUCAGUUUUGAUCAAGUUUUCUUUGAACAACAUUUUCUAUUCUCUGUUGAAAGGUUUGGCAGACUGUAACGACGUGGGUUUAAGCUAUGGUUCCGGUGUGUUUACCGUUACCCCGGUAACAGGGACAACAUUUGACGUCUACUGUGAUAUGGACACUCCUGGAGGACCGUGGACGGUGAUUCAGAACAGAUAUGACGGUAGCGUUGACUUCAUGCGGUCCUGGGCAGAGUACAAAGAUGGAUUUGGACAUAUCAAUGGAGAAUUCUGGCUAGGAAUGGAACCAAUUAGAAGCCUGUUGGUGUUGGGACAAGCCCUGCGCAUCACGUUGGAGAGUUGGCAAGGGGAUGUCAAGUACGCAGAUUACACAACAUUUGAUAUAGGAUCUGAGACAGAGAAGUACCUGUUGACACUGCAAUACCCCAAUGGUACAGGUACAUUAGCUAAUUCGAUUUGGUACCACAGCGGGAAGGUUUUCUCUACGUUUGACCGUGACAAUGACAAUGCACCUUUCAGUUGUAGCGAUCUUUAUAAGGGGGCGUGGUGGUACAGUUGGUGCCAUUCGUGCAACUUGUUUGGCCUAUAUGUUGAAGAUAAUGGCAAUGAUGACCCAACUUCCAUGACGUGGACACAGUUCUAUUCUGAUCGAUAUAUGCCUCCAUUACGGAAGUGUAAGAUGAUGGUUAAACGACUAACCUAGUCAUAUGUAUCUCUGACUCAACUUUUUCUGUCGUAAAGGAUUUCUUUGUAAUACACAUGGCAAUAUCGGAUGGAUUUAUAUGAUCACAUGGAUGUAAUAUGGAGGUUGGCUGCCAGGGAGGGGUCACAAAAUAGCUGCCUGUAUUCCCAUUAUAGUAGGGGUAGGGAGCAGUUCAUUUCUAGAAACUGACAGAACAUACAACGACAGGAAGAAAUUCAGUUUGAACUAAGGGAAAGGAACCCGGAAGACAUUUAACAUUAACUUACUUACACGAACUUUCGAUACGAAGCUUAGUUUAGCCUCUAGUGUCUGUUUGGGUGGACACUAGUAGUAAACUUCGGCUGCCUUCAGAUACCAUAGGAGUUGGACUAUACAAUGGGAAUACAACGUCUGCUUCCACUAAGAAUUAUUGACCAAUGAAAAACAUGUAUAACUUCUGCUGCCACCUGAUAUGUACAGUGGGAGUAUACGUUCCUUUGCCACUUGGGGAGAACAAUGGAAUAACACGUUCUUCUUAGUCCUGUGGUUAUCCAUUAAAGGUAUUCUCUCGCACCACUAUGGGUGGACCAUGGAAGACCAUUUAUAACUUCUGCUGCCACUUGGGAUGUACAAUGGGACUAAAGCUUUUUUGCCACUGGGGAUAGAUAAUGAAGACAUAACUUAUUUUGCCACUCCGGAUGAACAAUUGAAGUGUAACUUCUGCAACCACUAGGAGUGUACCAUUAAAGUAUAACUUAUUGCUACCACUACGGGUGGCCAUUAUUAGCAUAAAAUCAGCUGCCACUAUUAGGUAGAACAAUGAGAAUACAACUGCUGCAACUAGGGAUCGAAUGUUGGUAUAAUGUUUUCUGCCACUGAGAGUGAAUAUUGGGAUUAAACCUUCUGCUGUCAUAUGUUGUGGACUACAGAAAACAAUCUGCUGCAGCUAGGUGGUAGACAAUGUGAGUGUAACCUUUGCUGCUGCUGUGGUUGGACAAUAGACGUACACGAGUAAGUUCUGCUGCCACAUGGUAUGGACAAUGGGAAUAUAACUACUGCCACCUGGUCGGACAAUUGGAUUAUAAUUUCCACCUAUUUCGUAGGACAAUUGAUGACCUGUUUAACAUCUUUGCCACUUUAAUUGGACAAUGAGAGUAAUGAUUCUGCUGCCACAUAGCGAGGAGAAUGGGCGUAUAACUGCCCAUGGUCGGACAAUGGGAGUUUAAUUUCAACUUCUUUCGAAGGACCAUAGAAGUAUAACAUCUGCUGCCACUUUGAUUGGACAAUGAGAAUGUUUAAUUCUGCUGACACUUAGAAACGUUAGGUUAACUUUGCUGCUUCGUGAGGUAAACAUAAAGAGUAUAGGUUCUGUUGCAGGUUUGGGUGACUAUAGGGGUGUAACUCCUGUAUCUGUUCUUGCAUGGUUAUGCUAAAAUGCCUAAAAAUAUUUAUCACAUAAUAUACUGUGUUAUUCAGUGAAUAUACCCGUGUCAUAUUUUUUGCGUAUA